UAUAACAUAAAUAAGAUAAAUUUUAUCUAUAAGUGUAAUAUUUGAAUGUUGAAGCCUCAAAGUUGAAGCUAAAGAAGCUGGAAAACAUAGUAAGCUGACACGUUUGAUCAUCAUCAAACGACAUAAUUGAUUCUAACUGGAUUGUGUUCAACGUGAUUCCUUUUCUAUUUCUCACGUUAGGGUUUUAACUUCUUCUUCUUCUUCUUCUAUCCAAUUAUCAUCAAUCAGUGAUUUCUAGAAUGGGUGAGACCGGUAAAAGAUAUCGUCCACGGAGAGACCGUGAUGGAGACAGCAAAAAUCAAAAGAGGCGUGUGAAUGACAGAGAUGAAAGGGACAAGGGCGAACUGAUUGUGUAUAGGAUACUCUGUCCGGAUGGAGUUAUUGGGAGUGUUAUUGGUAAGAAUGGAAAAGUUAUAAAUUCGAUAAGGCAAGAGACUAGGGCAAAAGUCAAGGUUGUGGAUCCAUUUCCGGGUGCCAAGCAUCGAGUUAUUACUAUUUAUUGUUAUGUUAAGGAUAAGGAAGAAAUUGAGGUCGACGAUGAACUUGACAAUGAAAAGCCUUUAUGUGCUGCCCAAGAUGCUCUUCUCAAGGUUCACUCUGCCAUUUCAAAUUCCAUAGAAACUAUUGGAGAUUCUGAGAAGAAACGGAAGAAUAAGGAUGAAUGUCAAAUCCUUGUUCCAUCAAGUCAGUCUGCCAUUAUGAUUGGCAAGUCUGGGGCUACCAUUAAAAGACUUAGAGGUAAGACAAAGACAAAUAUCAAAGUCAUUGCAAAGGAUGCGGCUGAUCCUGAGCACUCAUGUGCUAUGGAAUUUGACAAUUUUGUGGUGAUUACAGGUGAAUCGGAAGCUGUAAAAAGAGCAUUAUUAGCAGUUUCAUCUAUUAUGUACAAAUUCUCACCUAAGGAGGACAUCCCUCUUGACACAACUAUACCAGAAAUCCCUCCUAGCAUUAUCAUUCCUUCUGAAAUUCCUAUUUUCCCACCUGGUGGACUAUAUCAGCCUUCAGAUCCUAUUAUCCAACCCAGAUCUGUUCCUCAAAUUAUAGGUGCUACAACUGUCCAAGAUCUGCAUGGUUAUGCAGAUACAGGAAAUGCAUGGUCUCUGUACUCAUCUGCCCUUCCAGUAGUUUCCAGUCUUGGUACUUCCCAAUCUGAAGAAUUAGUUGUAAGAAUGCUGUGCUCCUCUGAUAAAAUUGGACAUGUCAUUGGGAAGGGAGGGGGUACUAUUAAACGUAUGAGGCAGACUAGUGGUGCCCGUAUUGAGGUCGAUGAUUCCAAGGCUCGUCGUGAGGAAUGCUUAAUCACUAUAACUGCAACCGAGUCUUCAAGUGAUCUGAAAUCCAUAGCUGUUGAAGCUGUUCUACUGCUGCAAGAGAAGAUAAAUGAUGAAGAUGAUACUCCGGUUUCAAUCCGGCUCCUAGUUCCGUCUAAAGUGAUAGGGUGUAUUAUAGGGAGAAGUGGUUCAAUCAUAAAUGAAAUUCGGAAGAGAACUAAGGCUGAUAUUCAAAUCUCAAGAAGUAAUAAGCCUAAAUAUGCAGAGGACAAUGAUGAACUCGUUGAGGUGGUUGGUGAAGUUGAUUGUGUGAGAGAUGCACUAAUCCAGAUAGUCUUGAGACUAAGGGAGGAUGUAUUGAAAAAAAGGGACACUGACCAUAAUCCCCCCAUAGGUGCUGAAUCCUUCUACUCGGGCAGUUCUGUUCUUUCAGCACCAUCUAUGGCGCCUUCAGUUCCCACUGCUGCACUAGCUUAUGAUCAGAGGACUGGAAGUGGAACUGGACUGGGCAUGCAUUCUUCUAGCAGCCUUUAUGGAUAUGAUUCCUACUCGAUGGGGGACGAUGGCUAUGGAUCUAUGUCUUCAUAUGCUUCCAAGCUGUAUGAAGGACAUAGUAUGCCUCCCCUGUCAACAUUGGAGAUGUUGGUUCCUGCUAAUGCUGUUGGCAAAGUGAUGGGUAAAGGCGGGGCAAAUCUAGCCAAUAUCAGGAAGAUUUCAGGAGCAACAGUAGAGAUUUCUGAAUCCAAAUCUUACCGGGGUGAUCGUAUUGCUUUUAUUUCUGGCACAUCUGAACAAAAGCGCGCAGCUGAAAACUUGAUCCAGGCUUUUAUAAUGGCUGCAUAAGUUUUCAGAGUUAUUUCAGGUGUUUUGGAGGUGAAAAAAUUAAUUCUCAAUGCAUCUAUUCAUUCCCCUUACUCCGUUUACAUUAGGUUGGUCUGGAGAGUAUAUCCUGUAGGGUUCUUUGACUGGACUCCUGACUCUUCCAUAAGUGACUAGCAAGAUUGUGACGAACAACCAUUGCUGGUUUAGUAUCUUGGAGCUGUAGUUCCUUUCUUCGCUUUUUCUUAAUCUUCUCUUCAUCUGUGAUUUGUCUUAGAAAUGUAGAAUCUUUUGUCCAUUCAUGCUGUUUUUCCAUUGAUUAGUAUGGAAUCAUCUUAUUAUCGGAGGAACCAUAAAGCGUUGUUUAUGUUGUUGACUUGUUUCUUCUAGUUCAACCUUCUGUUCUCCUUUCUUGCUGAAAUUAUCGGUCCUACUGAUGCAAACAAAAUGCAAGAUUCUCUUGCGAUUUUCUCUUUCCAGUAUCCAUGGUUUGUGAGUUCUUCAGUCAAAAAUAUAGAAGCUGCCUCGCGAAGUUGAAAAUUUGCCGAUCAUUUUCCUCCUCGCUAUUUCUUGUAUCUAAUAAUAAUUCAGUGUAAGUGAAGGCAUUUGAAAACAUGACAAUUUAUUUACUGUUUGAUUUCCAGGCCUCUGGUCAGCUUGUUACCACACCAAUGGCACUUUAUUAUAUGCCUGUAAUCUGCAAAACCAGUGGAAUAUAUUUUGUAGAACACGUGUUCUUCCUUUUCACUUCUUGGUUGUCUUGUGAUGGAUUCCACUCACUCGGAAAUGUCUGCUACUGCAUUUUAUUGUAACAGUCCUUCCCCUCUUCCAACGUGGCUCAAAAUGAUUUUAUUGGAUCUCCUAAAUCAUGUUAACAUGAUAUCUAUAUCUGCUACCUGCAGCAUAUACAUUAUCCUGAUUGCAACUUAACAUAUAUCUCAUUGAGUCUCCCAAUUCUAUCAAUUUGAAUUCAUGAUUUGAUCUCUACACGUGCUUUAUUUCUGCAACUUAUUUCAACUCAACUUGUAUAGUUGAUAACUGAAUUUUGGUAACCAAGAUAUUAAACUGAUCCAAUUUUUGGGAUUUUCCCAAAUGAAAAUUAAAGUUGUUGGUAUUGGUUAGGCAUCACCUCUUCAGACCUUUCUCUUUGACUAAUGUGACUAGUGGGUUAAGAUUACGUGAUCCUAUCAUAUCAGCAUUUAACUCAUAGCUGUAUCCCCAUCUUUUGCUGGAAAAACAUCCAAAUUAACUGUUGCCAUGCAUUUAAUAUCAUUCCGACAGCAUCUAUGUUCUUACCUUUCUUCCCAUGCCAUUUGUGACUGACCCCUCAAGGUUUCUUUGAUGGCUUAAGUAUGUAUUUAAUCUCUGCCAAUAUGUCUCACUCCGGUUUUAGAUUCUAAUAAAUAACAAAAUAUGUUAGAUAUACUCAAAAAUUCAGAAUAUAUUGUUUUAAGUCCCGUUUGGAUAAAUACUUUAAGAUGAGUGUUAACAACAUACUCUCUAACACACAUUUUCAACGCAUUCACUUCUAUUGGUUGAAAUUUACAUGGGUCCCACUAAAUUGUGUGGGUUUCAUUUAAAAUUGUUGGGAUUCAUGUGAAUUUUAUCCAAUAAUAGUGUAUUGAAAAAUAUGUAUUGAAGAAUGUGUUAGCAUUAUUUAUACCUAAAUUCAACGCUUACAACAUAAGUGUUUAUCAUAUAAGUGCAUAAGCUAUUUUUCUACAACAAAAGAUAAAAUAAAGUCAAACCGUUUCCAUUUAAACUAUAAGGUGAUUUUAUAAGCUAUCUUAGAAAGCAUGUGAAAUUUAGCUGAAAACAACUUAUAAACAUUAUUGUAAGAUGUCUCCAUAAGUUUUCCCAAACAGUUUUGCAAGUGUUUAUGUCAGUAGAUAAGUUCAAAUAAGUUAAAUCAAACAGUCCUUUAGUCUCUGCUGAUAAUCUAUAUCUAUUUUAGUCUCCUCUUUAACAAAUAUUUUCAUAUCAUGAAACCUUUCCACUAUAAUCCUCGCUCAAUCACAACUUCACUCUCUCCCAAUUCAAUCAAUGGUUUUGUCCUUUAUCUAUUCCAUAGUCGGGAGCUUGACCUAGUCAAACACCUUUUCUCACAAUUCUCAUUCAUCAAGGUCUCGAGCAAUAGCCAAACCACUUUAAAUUCACAUUGGCACUCUUAAAUAUCACAUAAGUAGAAUGAUUCGCGAACACCUAACAUUGACACUCCUAAAUAUCACAUAAGUAGAAUGAUUCGCGAACACCUAAUAUUGACACUCCUAAAUAUCACAUAAGUAGAACGAUUCGCAAACACAUACCUAGAUGGAAACUAACUAUGACACCCUCAAAUGACUUGAAGUCUAAAUAGCAUAACCCAAGGUCUUAUUGAGGUUCCCAUUUGAAGCUAUGUUGUCACAAUUCAACUUUAAAAUAAUCAGACCUAAAUUCAAAUUGUUUGGGGAGGACUUGUCUACCAUCAACUUCUCUCGACAUUUUGCUUCAUCUUUGACAAUGAGUUUUGAUCCUCGAUUAUGAGUUUUGUUUAAAUCCUUCAUUUUUUUUUUUUUGAAACAGUUGAUUUUCAUCUUUGUCAAAAUUUGUUUUCUUUGAGAUUAUGGCAUAGCAAAUCAAAUGCCACGUGAGCAAUGAUACAUGACAUCAACGUGAAAACAAAGAGACAUUAAGCCAAUGUUUGGUCUUGCUGCCAAGUUACCGGUGACAUGCAUUGAGACAGAAGCUCCGAUACUUAGCUUCAUAAAAUCACAACAUAAAUGGUAUUAGUACACGAUAUUAGUUAUUUGGACGCAUAACCAAACAUGAUGCAAGCCUUCUUUCUAUAAUGUGCUACGAUCAACUAGAUAAAAUGAGGGUUAGUGUUGAGAAUUUGGCCUUCCUGACUGACUAAGCUAGUCAUAUAUUCUCUUGGAUGCCCUUUCUAGUUUGAUAAGCCUACGUUGACAAAAAAGUCUCCGUAGAGUCUCACUUCAGGUUAACUAUACAUAGAUGAUUAAGAUUAGAAGAAAAAGUUGUGACUUUUUAAAUAAUCAUGUGUUAUUUACCUAACUCUUAAUCAUAAAGUAUGAUUAUAUGAUCAAAAUUUAACUAUCACACUCUCUCGUUCUCAUUGUAAAGUUCAUUUCAUUUGAUAUACUCCCUAUAUAUAUAUAUAUAUACUUGGAUAAACCCCCUACUUUCUCGGUUCUUAUAAAUUUUCCAACCAUUCAAUUCUCUUCUAUUUUUCCGUAUAUACAUUUCCCCUAACUCUUUGAUUCUUUUCCGUCAUUCUUUGUAAGGAUGACUAGUUUUAGUUUGGUCCAUAGGCAACCAUUUUUAUUAAUGGGUGUUAUUAGUUGGAUCAUGCUAACAAGUGUCUUAAUGACACUUAAGGUUGAGUGUAAAAUCUCCUUUUUUCACAAUUUCAAAGUUUAGAACACAGUUUUCAAUACUUUUGAGUUUAGCAUUUCCCUUAUUAGUUGCAUACGUUGAUGAUGUCAUCUGCGCUAAGUAUUCGGGUUUGUCUCGGAGAUUGAUUAAUCUGUCAACUAUUUCAUGUUUAGGUGUAUGAUUCAUUGAGGAUUAGAAUUGUAUUAAAACUUUAAUUUCGGAAACCUUGUUAA